GGCAUGGACUUGGCCGCGGCUCGCCGAGCCGUCCUCCAGCUGCUGGGCGCUGUGGCCCCGGCCGAUCGCGCCGCGCUGCUGCACUGGAUGAGGACUACCGAAGAUUUUGAUAAAUUCACUGAAGAUAAUAAUGACAUUAUAUUGAAAAACAUAGCAGAUGACCUUCGGAAUUGCUUGCCGCUAGAAACCAUGCUCUCCUCCGAACACCUAGCCCUUCAAAAACUACAGCAGCAGCCUGAACCCACAGUUCAUGUUGAUGCAUUCCUUUAUGAUGAAGACUGUAUUGAUUCAUUAUGUGAGGAAGGAAAAAUGAGCAGACACUACUGUACUGUGUGUGGCUCUCACCAGACAGCAUCUUUAGGAUUCAUUUCUCAUUCCUUCUCCCUCAUGGAGUUGAAGUUCAUUUAUCAUCAUGUACUCCCUGAUCUGUCGGGAAAAGUCUUAGUUGACGUUGGCUCCAGACUUGGCACAGUCCUUUAUGGGGGUUACCUUUACAGUUCAGCAGUACAACUCUAUGGAGUAGAACUGAAUGGAGAUUUUUGUCAACUGCAGGAAAUGGUCAUUAAAAAAUAUCAUUUUAGUGACAGAAUAAAGGUGCUUCAUGCAGACAUCUGUACCCAGGGUUCCCUUCUGCAAAAUGCUGAUGUUGUUAUAAUGAAUAAUGUCUUCGAAUAUUUUCUUCACGAGACAGAACAGACCAGAGCCUGGGAAUAUAUCAGUCAUAACGUGAGGAAGCAAGGAUCUCUAUUAGUGACAGUACCAAGUCUUGAAGAUUCUCUCUCAGGUCUCCAGACUAACAUACAGUUGUCCACCUGGGUUGAAGAGAUACCACUGAACUAUGAUGUCUACCCACAAAAGGACUUUGACAGAGAAGCUCUUGAGCAAAUUCAUGUCUAUAAGAUUCUCUAGCACAAACAUAUUCCCCAAAACUGUAGUGAUAUAAUACAUGUAAUAUAAAAAAAUGAAAAACAUGCCCAAUAUGCUAGUACAUAUUUUUGUGUUCCCUUUCAAGAUUGUUGGGAUAAUCUUGUAAAUAGUUACAUAUGAUAUAUAAUAGUUAUA